AGGUCCGACUCUACAAACCAACAUCGAACCUUUCAAGCUCUCUUGCUAUUCCCUAACGAAUUGAUAACAAUCAUUUGCCUGAAUUACAGACUACUUAUGUCUGCAUCCGCCUAUCCAUAAUCUACUCAAAGCUCAUCGUCGCGGCGCAGUUAGACUCUGUGUCAAUCUGGACCUCUCCAAAGUCUGGCUCAGCCUAAUAGGCGUGUAGAUCGACAUAUGUCGACGGAAUACAAUUCAUCCAAUGCCGACUAUGAACCGCUACGAGAGACACAGAGCCACCGCCAACGUGUCUCGAGCCACCUCAACCGAAACAUUCGGCACAAUGUGGAGAAGGAUCGUGGAGUGGAUACCAGCUGGAGGAAAAGAGUAAGCGCUAUGAAUCAGCCUGUGCCCCAGAGAAACAGCUCUAUGAUCAAUGGGCCAACCAAGAAGAGUAGGGCAACGUGGCUAGACGGUCGCACUUCGUCGCCUGACCAACUGCCACCAAGUCGAACCGCCGCACGAUAUGUCUCUGAUGUCUCAACCAACUCGAGUAGCAAUGUUAUGGUCGCAUACGAGCCCGCGGACAGGAGUCGCUUGAUACAUCAGAUGCCGGCCCAAAGGCCUACCACAGCGUCCAUGUCACGCACAAAUCCAGCAUCUAUUAAGCGCACGCCGCAAAAGAUUGUGCACCCGCCUUUACGCACACCAUUGGGAACCAGAGACCAAAAGAAAAAUCCAAAUGCGGGCCGCAAGCCUUCUAAGGUCCAGCAUCCCCGUGAUACUCACGUUGAUCAACACAGGGCUUCCUCUGUAUACAGCAAUGACUUAUCUCCGGCACCCACAGUCAUUAUCGCACCACAUCCACCGUGCGAUAGACAACCACAAAAUUCACCACCCCCAAGAGAUGAUCAAAGUAAUCUGAGCAGUCCACCUUCUUGGAAGUCAGCUCCAGAUGCUCUAGAUGCUCCAGAUGCUCUAUCGUUGCCCUCGGUGCCAGAUCCAUACCAAGCUAACUUACCAAAAUCCCCAGGAGGACGUUUUCAUGAAGCUAUAAAUGAUCGUGGAGAUUUGAUUAGAGAAGCAAUGGAUAUGGCCGAGAGUGCAAUCCGAUCUGAUCGACCCGAGGAGGUCGAAAGUCUCCUCAAUCAAGCGAUUGAAGAAGUCCGGCACGAAGAGCGGCGGCCAUCUCGAACAGGUCUACCCACGAGACAACCCACUCGUGGUGAUCGCAUGUACGAUCCGGAGACUGGCUAUGGCUCGAACGGCUCAAGCAGCUCAAGCAUGUCGUUUCAUGCGGAGAUAAAUGAAAAUCACCAUGGUGACAAUGACAUAGAGCUCCAGCCCCUGGUCCGAGGUCAACCACAAGGAGAGGGCUCGCCUCAAACUCCAAGGACCCGGAGACAGUGUAGCAAACCUGUAGCAGUGGACUGGGCAGACCUUCUUGGAAAUAACAGACGUUCGUCAGAGUCAGCGAUCAAGUCAUUCUUGACCAGGAGUGGAACCAAGCCACCCAGUUCCCCUGGUGCGAUCCGAAAACCUUCACACGACCAAUUCGGCCACCUUAUCCGUUCUUCGACGCAAAUACAACCAACGACUCAGUCCAACCAGAAUACAGGCUUUACUGAAGCGAGCAUCCCGAGCUUGCGCCAUCCUCAUCGACGCCAUAUCAGCUUCCGCAAAACGGGCGGAUCCAGCUUCUACAGACAGAGUACAAAGGACCCUCUUGCUCGGAAUUGGAGUGGCUCGAAGAAGAGACUUACUGCAGCUGUAGCUUGUGUGAAUACAGGCCUAAUGGGCCUAAUUAUAGGCCUUUAUGCUGGCGAAGUCCCUAGGAUCCAAUAUCAGCUUGCUGAUGAGCAGCAUGUUGUUAUAUUAGGUAAUAUGUACUUUUAUCUAGGUCUCGCAAUUACUACUUUCAUCGCUUGGCCAUUGCCACUUCUUCAUGGGCGCAAAAUAUAUACUCUCAUCGCAAUCGCUGUAGCCAUGCCGCUUCAAUUCCCUCAGGCAAUAAUAACAAGUCAGCCACGUUCGCCGCUGACAAUAUAUCGAUUCGGUGUCAUGUUCCCUCGUAUAUUGACAGGUCUUGCUAUGGGGCUUGCAAACAUCAAUCAGGUCACCACCUUAAUGGACUUGUUUGGUGCAUCGCUUCAAAGUAAAUCACCGCAUCAAGAGAUAGCUUUCACAAAUGAUGUCCGUCGACACGGAGGCGGUCUAGGGCUGUGGCUUGGUAUAUGGUGCUGCUGCUUCACCGCAUCUAUAGCCAUUGGAUUUAUGACAGGUGCAGGACUCAUUGCGCACGACCUUAACCCUUCUUGGAGCUUCACUAUAACUAUCAUGAUGCUGGCGUUCGUUCUACUGCUCAAUUUAUUGACACCUGAAACGCGAAAGUCCCGGUGGCGGCACUCUUACGCCGAGUUCGUAGACGAGAAAGAUCAGCUCCAUCGACGAGUGGCACGCGGAGAAGUGAAAUUGCAUAUUUCGACAGAAGGACCGAAGUACUGGUACGAGGAGACUCUAGCAGGCCUCACUCUGAACCUGCGGAUGAUCAAGCAGCCAGGAUUCCUGGUCAUGGCCUUCUACCUGGGAUGGAUGUACGCUCAAAUUGUUCUAGUCAUGGUGCUUCUCGGAGCCCUGUUGUCUAGAGAUUACCAAUGGCGUGCAGAUAAAGUCGGGGCUGGGGUAUUCAGCUUAGCUAUCGGCGCCCUUCUUGCCAUACCUCUAGCAAGAGCAGGGAAGUUCUCUCGCGCUCGUAAACGAGGCCCGCGAACAGACAGUAUGACUAUUGCCGCCAAAGUGACAUGGACUUCGCACAUGGUCCGGCGCAUCAUUUUCAUGACCACCCUUCCACUGACAGGUAUCGCAUACACAUUGGCGUCUGGCGGGAGCCACAUAAGCUGGACUGUUCCCGUAAUCUUCGCAGGUGCGAUAGGCUUCCUCUCCAACCUCGCCAUUGCCGAAUGUUACGGCAUGAUCAUGGAGACCUUUGACACCAGCGACCUCCAACCAGGCAUCAACAGCCGUCAUCGCCUACAGAGUCUCGCCGCAGACGUCAAGCAGCGCCGCACAAACUACUCGUCUUUUCCACGCGUCACUGCCGGCAUCUUUGUCUCACAAUCGAUAGGCUUUCUCUUUGCCGCCGUCGCUACCGCCGUAGGAGGAGUUAUGACUCGUCGUUGGGGUGCGCAAAUAUCAACUGGAAUCACAGCAGGAAUUCUCUUCAUCCUUACGGUCUUAUUGAUGUUGGUCUUGACAAGAUUCAGAGAGGUUCAGGUGGUUCCAAAUAGCGCUUUUCAUACUUGGCGGCAGAGCUUUGCUGCAGGGAUGACGGAUGCGGAUUGGAAGCCGGUGGUGCUGGGGAAUCCGAGUGGUAAGAUGAGACGGAUUAGUGUCUUGGAAAUGGGAGUAUUGUCAAGGUGGAGUGAGAUCCGGAGAUUGAAUAAGUUGAUGGAAUGAUACAACAAAGGCAUUGCUAUCGACAGAACGCGAAUGAUGACCUCCCAUAUACCUUGGGCUGUGGACGACUUUAGAAG